AUGCUCUUCACGCUCUUCUCCCGGCUUCCCUUGUCUGUCAAAGUAUGGGCAGUUCAACAGGUUGCGUUCCACGUGAUCGGGCUCGUUUUCGAGUGGCUGGACUCUUCAAAUGCUCUAAGCAAGAUCAGGGCCCGAGAGGCAGACACCAAGCCGUAUAAACGGAUGCUUCCGAAAGUCCUGCUAAACCAAUGUCUCGUCCUCCUACCUUGCAUGGCGCUUUGUGAGGCGACUGGACUCUGCUUCACAAACAAAGGCCACAUCUCGACGGGGCGUGCGGUUUUGUCGCUGCCCGUUCUCGCCAUUGGACACGAUGUCGUCCAGUAUCUUACUCAUAGAUACCUGCUGCACCAGCCAAACCUGAAGCUCAUGCGGAUGCUGCGCCACUCAGUCCACCACUCGACGACAGCCAGCAAAGGAAUCAGCGCGUGCUACAUGUCGGCUCCUGAUUUCUUCCUCGAGAUUGUGCUACCCUAUUUAGUGCCGCUCGCGCUCGUGGGCGGCGGCGGUGCUGAUCUGCGUUUCCAUUCGCUGGUGGUUGCUUCCGGCGCUUUUGGUGGCAUCUACGAGCACUCGGGCUACGAUCUCGCCUUGGCAUUCCAGGCAUAUCCCCGGAACAAGGAAGACGGAUGGUACUGGAAAGUCGUCGCAUCUGUGCUCUCCGAUUUGGUCAGCACUCGUGCCCACCACGAGCACCACUCGAGGGGUCAGGUGUCGUUCUCCGACGGCUUUGGCAGCCCGGGAAUAUGUGAUACCAUCUUUGGCACACGCUGGGACUUGGUUCCUAGACACCGCGACGAGGUCGAGCGCGAGUGGCGGUCGCAAACCGAGCAGCAGCAGCCCGCAGACGUGAGGUAG